GACACCUGUGUGAGGCGCUCCCGGUGGGAGAGGUGGCUUGAGGGACGCCAGAGCUCAGUUACACCGCUUUCCUCUGUGAGGCAGUGGUCACAAUCCCUACAGAAGUCAGAGCUGUUAGCAUGCAUAGUCCCUGCUGCCUUCCUUGGUCGACAGGAACCUAGCCCCACAUUCUGGAGCCUGAGCCCGCUGACGCCUCUCCAGUUCGCUUUGGGUCCUCUCCCUCCCACCUCUCCACCUCCAAAGUAGCGCUCCAGCCUCGCUCCGCCCGCACAGCCCCAGCGCCCCCGAGCUUUAUCAGGCUCCCCACACACAUCGCUGGCUUCCUUUGGCAAACGGCGCUGGUGACCCUAGCUGAGCAGCCGCCUCCUCCAAGCCCAGUCCCCUUCCUCCCGCCCGCGGGUCACAGCGCCUUCAGGCUCUGCUCUCCCAGGCACCGCGGCGCCCACCGCCUUUCAGGUUCAUCCUGGGCUGGACCUGUUUUGCUCAUCCUUAAACCCGGAGAAGUGGAAUCUGCACACUGAAACUCUCGGUGGCUGGAGCGGCGGACUGGGCAUGCUCAGAAGCCAGGUUUGGCUUUGGUCUCAAGUCGAAGGAAGCUUUUGCACUCGCGAGGCAGCGACGACUUUAGGGAAAGUUGAUUCGAGAGGGGAGGAAGCCCCAAGACGCGGAGCAGCGGCAGGAAGGAGCCCCCGGCAGCCCGGAGGAGCAUGGGCACCCUGCGGGAUUUACAGUAUGCGCUCCAGGAGAAGAUCGAGGAGCUGAGGCAGCGGGAUGCUCUCAUCGAUGAGCUGGAGCUGGAGUUGGAUCAGAAGGACGAACUGAUCCAGAAGCUGCAGAACGAACUGGACAAGUACCGCUCUGUGAUCCGGCCCGCCACCCAGCAGGCGCAGAAGCAGAGCGCCAGCACCUUGCAGGGUGAACCGCGCACGAAGCGCCAGGCGAUCUCCGCGGAGCCCACCGCCUUCGACAUCCAGGAUCUCAGCCACGUGACCCUGCCCUUCUACCCCAAGAGCCCACAGUCAAAGGAUCUCAUAAAGGAGGCCAUCCUUGACAAUGACUUCAUGAAGAACUUGGAGCUGUCACAGAUCCAGGAGAUUGUGGAUUGUAUGUACCCAGUGGAAUAUGGCAAAGACAGCUGCAUCAUCAAGGAAGGCGAUGUGGGAUCACUGGUGUAUGUCAUGGAAGAUGGGAAAGUUGAAGUUACAAAAGAAGGUGUGAAGCUGUGUACCAUGGGUCCAGGAAAAGUGUUUGGAGAAUUGGCUAUUCUUUACAACUGUACCAGGACAGCGACCGUCAAGACUCUUGUAAAUGUGAAACUCUGGGCCAUUGAUCGACAAUGUUUUCAAACAAUAAUGAUGAGGACAGGACUCAUCAAGCAUACCGAAUAUAUGGAAUUUUUAAAAAGCGUUCCAACAUUCCAGAGCCUUCCUGAUGAAAUCCUCAGCAAGCUGGCCGAUGUCCUCGAGGAGACCCACUAUGAAAAUGGAGAAUACAUCAUCAGGCAGGGUGCAAGAGGAGACACCUUCUUCAUCAUCAGCAAAGGAAAGGUGAAUGUUACUCGAGAAGACUCACCCAGUGAAGACCCAAUCUUUCUUAGAACUUUGGGGAAGGGAGACUGGUUUGGAGAGAAAGCCUUGCAGGGGGAGGAUGUGAGAACAGCAAAUGUAAUUGCUGCAGAGGCCGUCACGUGCCUUGUGAUUGACAGAGACUCAUUCAAGCAUUUGAUUGGAGGACUGGAUGAUGUUUCUAACAAAGCUUAUGAAGAUGCAGAAGCAAAAGCAAAAUAUGAAGCCGAAGCUGCCUUCUUCGCCAACCUGAAGCUUUCUGAUUUCAACAUCAUCGACACCCUUGGAGUUGGAGGUUUCGGACGAGUGGAGCUGGUCCAGUUGAAAAGUGAAGAAUCCAAAACAUUUGCGAUGAAGAUUCUCAAGAAACGCCACAUUGUGGACACGAGACAGCAGGAACACAUACGCUCUGAGAAGCAGAUCAUGCAGGGGGCCCACUCUGACUUCAUUGUGAGGCUGUACAGGACUUUUAAAGACAGCAAAUACUUGUAUAUGUUGAUGGAAGCUUGCCUAGGUGGAGAGCUCUGGACUAUUCUCAGGGAUAGGGGUUCAUUUGAAGAUUCAACAACCAGAUUUUACACAGCAUGUGUGGUAGAAGCAUUUGCCUAUCUGCAUUCCAAAGGAAUCAUUUACAGGGACCUCAAGCCAGAAAAUCUCAUCCUAGAUCAUCGAGGUUAUGCCAAGCUGGUUGACUUUGGCUUUGCAAAGAAAAUAGGAUUUGGAAAGAAAACAUGGACUUUUUGUGGCACUCCAGAAUACGUAGCCCCAGAGAUCAUCCUGAAUAAAGGCCAUGACAUUUCAGCUGACUAUUGGUCACUAGGAAUUCUAAUGUAUGAGCUUCUGACUGGCAGCCCACCUUUCUCAGGCCCAGACCCUAUGAAAACCUAUAACAUCAUACUGCGGGGAAUUGACAUGAUAGAAUUUCCAAAGAAGAUUGCAAAAAAUGCUGCUAAUUUAAUUAAAAAACUAUGCAGGGACAACCCAUCAGAAAGGUUAGGAAAUUUGAAAAACGGAGUGAAAGACAUUCAAAAACACAAAUGGUUUGAAGGCUUUAAUUGGGAAGGCUUAAGAAAAGGCACCUUGACACCUCCCAUAAUUCCAAGUGUUGCAUCACCCACAGACACAAGCAAUUUUGACAGUUUCCCUGAGGACAGUGAUGAACCACCACCUGAUGACAACUCAGGCUGGGACAUAGACUUCUAAUGUAUUUCUCUUACCUGCUUCUGCCUUGCUGAAGACAGCUUUUUCUGAGACACAGCUGCCAGCAAACCUGAGGGAAAGAGAGAAGAUUAGAGCUCGGGGUCACCAUGAUGCCUUUGAUCGAUGCUGCUCCAGUAACUACGGUGGCAUUAGGACUUAUCGCUUAGAUUAUGAUAGUGCUCUUUACAUGUUUUAUGUUUGAACCUAAAAUAGCAGUUGACAUGGUGGUCCUGAAGCAAAGCCUUUCACCAGUAAAGUGAUGUUUUCCAUUGUUGCAAUGACCUUGCUUGGCUCUGAUUAUAUUUUGAAAGAGUGUAGGAAACACUUCAAUCUAGUAGAAGAGUCUGUAUCUUGCUAGAAUUACCAAGAAGAAUAGAGAAUAAUAUAUUCGGUACGAUAGAUGGCUGUGGUAAAGAACCUGGGCUAUUCCCUUUCAUCGGGGGAAGGGUGUGGAGCCUAUAACGACUU